GCCGCUUUGCCCCUGGGGAGGCUCGGGGUAGCUUUGUUCUUGGCAGCAGCCAGGCUGGCUGGGGCUAAUCUCUUCUCCCAAAGGAAGUGUCUUCUCCCUUCCCUGUUUUUCUGCCUCUCACACACUUUCUAUUCCAUUCUGUGAGUUUCCAGCCUUACCUUCUGACGGUAGAUGGUUAUUUGUUUUAAAAUUUAAAUCUCUCUGUCUCUCUUUCUCUCUUUCUCCUUGGGCUGGGGAAAGACAUAUUUUAUUAAGCCUUGCUCAGAGACGCAAUGUGCUAGAAUUUGGGGGAGAAGGUGGGUGAGUUGCUCACAGGUGGCCCCAGGAGGGGGCUGCCUGGGGCUGGCAUCUUCUGCAGACCGUGUUCGCAGUGGCUCUGGGCCCUGAACCGGAGCUCAGCUGGCAUCCCUGAGAGCCUUCCUGCCAGGAGAUGCUCCUCUAGACCCCACUGGGGUCUCUUCCUGGCCGAGACACGCUCAUCUCCAAGGGCAAGGGAGCCAUGGUGGGCCCCCAAUGGAGCGCUGCGGCCUGUUUCCUCUGGAUACUGCUGCUGUGGAGUAAGAGCGGCAGCUGCCAGGCCCAGCGGGCAGGCUGCAAAAGCGUGCACUACGACCUGGUUUUCCUCCUGGACACCUCCUCCAGCGUGGGCAAGGAAAACUUUGAAAAGGUGCGGCAGUGGGUAGCCAACCUGGUGGACACCUUCGAGGUGGGCCCGGACCGCACGCGCGUGGGCGUUGUGCGCUACAGUGAUGCCCCGACCACAGCCUUCGAGCUGGGCCGCUUCAGCUCCCGCGAGGAGGUGAGGGCAGCAGCGGGGCGCAUCCCUUACCACGGCGGCAACACCAACACUGGCGACGCCCUGCGCUACAUCACGGGCCGAAGCUUCUCCCCGCAGGCGGGCGGUCGGCCAGGCAACCGUGCCUUGAAGCAGGUGGCCAUUCUGCUGACCGACGGCCGCAGCCAGGAUCUGGUGCUGGACGCCGCGGCGGCCGCUCACGCAGCGGGUAUCCGCAUCUUCGCGGUGGGCGUGGGUGCCGCGCUGAAGGAGGAGCUGGAGGAGAUCGCCUCGGAACCCAAAUCUGCCCACAUCUUCCACGUGUCCGACUUCGAUGCCAUCGACAAGAUCCGUGGCAAACUGCGGCGCCGGCUGUGCGAGAAUGUGCUCUGUCCAAGUGUCCGUGUAGAAGGAGAUCGCUUGGAGCACACCAAUGGAGAAACCAAGGAAAUCACAGGUUUUGACCUGAUGGAUCUUUUCAGUGUGAAGGAAAUCCUGGGGAAGCGAGAGAAUGGAGCUCAGAGUUCCUAUGUGCGGAUGGGAUCCUUUCCUGUGGUGCAGAGGACCGAAGAUGUGUUUCCCCAAGGUCUCCCUGAUGAGUAUGCCUUUGUCACCACCUUCCGGUUGCGGAAAAUAUCUCGAAAAGAAGACUGGUACAUCUGGCAGGUCAUUGACCAGUAUGGCAUCCCCCAGGUCUCCAUCCGGCUGGACGGCGAGAACAAGGCAGUGGAGUACAAUGCCGUGGGUGCUAUGCAGGAUGCCGUUAGGGUGGUCUUCCGAGGUCCCCGUGUCAGUGUCCUCUUUGACCGGGACUGGCACAAGCUGGCCCUGAGCAUCCAGGCCCAGAAUGUCUCCCUGUAUAUUGACUGUGCACUGGUGCAGACGCUGCCCAUUGAGGAGAGAGAGAACAUCGACAUCCAGGGCAAGACAGUGAUCGGCAAGCGCCUCUAUGACAGUGUGCCCAUCGAUUUUGACCUACAGAGGAUUGUAAUUUACUGUGACUCCAGACAUGCAGAGCUGGAGACUUGUUGCGACAUCCCGUCUGGCCCAUGCCAGGUGACCGUGGUGACAGAACCUCCACCUCCACCCCUGCAGCCGCCCUCCCCUGGCAGUGAACAGAUUGGGUUCUUGAAGACCAUCAACUGCUCCUGCCCACCUGGAGAAAAGGGUGAAAAAGGCUUUGAUGGCCCCGUGGGACUCCCUGGUCUGAAGGGAGACAUGGGAAUCACUGGGCCAGUGGGUGCUCCUGGACCCAAGGGAGAGAAAGGGGACAUGGGCAGAGGACCUUUUGUCCAAGGAGAGAAGGGUGAGAAGGGAUCCCUGGGCCUUCCGGGUCCUCCUGGGAGAGAUGGCAGUAAAGGCAUGAGAGGAGAGCCGGGAGAGCCGGGGCUGCCUGGAGAGGUGGGCAUGCGGGGCCCCCAAGGACUGCCUGGACUUCCGGGGCCUCCUGGGCAUGUUGGGCCACCGGGGGAGCAAGGCCUGGAUGGAUUCCCUGGGAAGCCUGGGGAGACAGGAGAGCAGGGAAGACCUGGCCUUCCUGGUAUGACAGGACCCCAGGGAGAGAAGGGAGACGUGGGACCUGCAGGACCUCCUGGGGUGCCAGGGUCUGUGGUACAGAGAGAGGACCUGAAGGGCGAGCAGGGAGCUCCAGGUCCAAGAGGUCACCAGGGCCCACCUGGACCACCAGGAGCUCCAGGUCUCAUGGGUCCAGAAGGGAAGGAAGGGCCUCCUGGUUUGCAAGGUCUCCGAGGGAAGAAAGGCGACAUGGGUGCACCAGGACUUCUGGGAUCGCCAGGGCUACAGGGUCCCUCAGGAGCCCCUGGUGUUCCAGGCCCACCUGGACCUGGAGGCCCGCCGGGUUUACCUGGAGAGAUUGGCUUCCCGGGCAAACCUGGGCCUCCUGGGCAUGUUGGACCACCUGGAAGAGAUGGGCUGAAUGGCCCUCCAGGCCUGCCAGGAUCCAAGGGAGAGCCGGGGGAACGAGGAGAAAGUGGCCUGCCUGGGAAGCCUGGACCUCGGGGUGAAGUUGGGGAGCAGGGCCUGGCAGGCCAACCUGGAGACAAGGGAGAAACUGGCCUCCCAGGUGCUCCAGGCUUCCCAGGUGUGAGAGGAGAGAAGGGAAACCAGGGAGAAAAAGGUGAACUGGGACUUCCUGGACUGAAAGGUGACCGAGGUGAAAAGGGUGAAGCUGGUCCAGUAGGCCCCCCUGGGUUACCUGGAACUACUUCCCUGUUCACACCACAUCCAAGAAUGCCUGGUGAACAAGGGCCUAAAGGAGAGAAGGGCGACCCAGGACUGCCUGGGGAACCGGGCCAUCCUGGAGAACUAGGUCCUCGGGGACCCACUGGACCUCCGGGCACCAAGGGACAAGAUGGUGCACAUGGGGCUCCUGGAGCAGCAGGAAAUCCUGGUGCUCCUGGACCUGCAGGGCUCCCCGGUCCCAGUGGCCUCCCUGGAAGUGUGGGCUCACCUGGCCUGAGAGGCCCCCCUGGGAAAGACGGAGAGCGAGGCGAGAAGGGAGCUGCAGGUGAAGAAGGGAGCCCAGGGCCAGCUGGCCGCAGGGGUGAUCCUGGUACUCCUGGGGUCCCUGGGCCACCUGGAAAAGGGAAUGAUGGUGAACCGGGCCUGCGUGGAUCACCUGGACUACCUGGACCCCCAGGAACCAAGGGGGACCGAGGAGUACCUGGGAUCCCUGGCUCUCCUGGCAGCCGUGGCGACCCAGGAAUUGGGGUUGCUGGCCCCGCCGGCCCUUCCGGACCACCAGGAGACAAAGGGCCCCCGGGAUCUCGAGGAUUGCCUGGAUUCCCCGGUCCCCAGGGACCAGCUGGCCAGGAUGGUACACCAGGAAGUCCAGGAGAGAGAGGGCCUCCUGGGAAACCAGGCGCUUCUUCACUACUGUCCCCGGGCGACAUAAAUCUCUUGGUUAAGGAUGUAUGCAAUGAUUGCCCUCCUGGACCCCCAGGGCUCCCUGGUCUGCCAGGGUUUAAAGGAGACAAAGGUCUCCCAGGAAAGCCAGGAAGAGAAGGCAUGGAAGGGAAAAAGGGAGAAGCUGGACCCCAAGGCCUCCCAGGGCCCCCAGGAAUAGCUGGACCUCAGGGAAGCCCAGGCGAGCGGGGUUUGGAUGGUGAAGUUGGACAGAAAGGUGAUCAGGGGCAUCCCGGAGUUCCAGGUUUCAUGGGGCCCCCAGGGAACCCCGGGCCACCAGGAGCAGAUGGCACUGCUGGAGCUGCUGGAGCACCAGGAAUUCAAGGGCCACUGGGGAAAGAAGGUCCUCCUGGCCCCCAAGGCCCACCUGGAAUCCCUGGAAUCCCAGGAGAAGAAGGCAAACAAGGCAGAGAUGGGAAGCCAGGUCUCCCUGGGGAGCCGGGCAAAGUGGGAGAGCCAGGUCUGCCAGGACCGGAGGGAGCACGAGGCUCCCCUGGCUUCAAGGGACACACAGGUGACCCUGGUGCUCCUGGCCCCCGGGGAGAACCUGGUGCCACUGGGCCCCCUGGCCAGGAAGGGACACCGGGAAAAGAUGGUGACACUGGACCUGCAGGGCCACAGGGUCCUCGAGGACCCAGGGGCCCAUCGGGAAACAAUGGAUCACCAGGCUCCCCAGGAGACCCUGGCCGUCCAGGAACCCCCGGCCAGAAGGGAAGCAAAGGAGAAAAUGGUAGCCCGGGACUUCCUGGCUUCCUGGGUCCUCGUGGACCUCCGGGAGAAGCAGGAGAAAAAGGCAUGCCAGGCAAGGAGGGUACCCCUGGGAAGCCCGGAGAGCCAGGAGCCAAAGGAGAAAAGGGAGACCCUGGGAUCAAAGGGGACAAAGGACUGCCUGGUGGAAAGGGUCAGCCUGGGGACCCUGGAAUCCCAGGCCACAAAGGCCACACAGGUCUGACGGGCCCCCAAGGGCCACCUGGGGAAAGCGGACCAGCUGGGCCCCCAGGACCACCAGGCCAGCCAGGAUUUCCAGGACUGAGGGGGGAGUCUCCAUCCAUGGAUACCCUACGGCGGCUUAUUCAGGAAGAGAUUGAGAAGCAGCUGGAGAACAAACUUGCCUACCUCCUGGCCCAGAUGCAGCCUGCACAUGUGAAAGUCUCACAAGGCAGACCUGGACCACCAGGACCCCCUGGAAAAGAUGGUCUUCCGGGCAGGGCAGGGCCCAUAGGGGAGCCAGGCCGACCUGGCCAAGGUGGUCUGGAAGGACCCUCUGGGCCAAUGGGUCCCAAAGGCGAGCGAGGAGCCAAAGGUGAUCCAGGUGUACCUGGAGUUGGCCUCCGAGGAGAGAUAGGACCCCCUGGAAUCCCAGGUCAACCCGGGGAGCCUGGCUAUGCUAAAGAUGGACUCCCAGGGAGUCCUGGCCCUCAAGGGGAGACAGGACCUGCUGGACACCCUGGCCCUCCAGGCCCACCUGGUCCUCCUGGCCUGUGUGACCCCUCCCAGUGUGCCUACUUCGCCAGCCUUGCUGCCCGACCGGGUAAUGUGAAGGGCCCAUAGAAGAUUGUAGAAGAUCAGAAGACUGCGAUGGAUUUCUGAAAUUUGAAACCAUAGCUCAAUGGGACGCCAGAGGCCUUGAAACAUUUCAGCUCCUCCCUUUCUUUGAUUGCUCUUCCCUCCGUUCUCUCCUUCCUUCUUCUCUCCCUCCCUUCUUCCCUCCCUUCUUUUCUUUUUUCCUUCCUUCUUACCUUUCUUCUUUUUUAUAUCAGUUUCUUCAGAGACCUCAGAAUUAUUAAUACCAACAGAUGCUGCAGAUUAUCAGAUUAUUAUUAAUGUUAUUACUCUUAAUUAUUAUAUUAUUGUUUCAUAUGGCAAUGCUUGUGUUUUUCCUCUCCUCUCAAACUGGGACUGUGAGACAUUGGGGCAAAAGGUGUUUCUGACUCCCCUGAUGGUACCAUCUGAAGCACAGCUGCUAAUUUUAGAGACUCUUGGUGCUAUGAAACCCUGAUCAGACACUUGCAGAAUUUACCUCUUUCCUGAAAAUCAAACUUUAUGAAAUGGAGCCAAGAAGCUUCUGCUCUGAGCUAUGCCCAGGGGUCACCUGGGGAAAAAAAUCCCUAAAUCACCGCUUCCCAGGAAAGCAGGAAGAAGAAGGGAUGCCGACAUGAAGACUGUUCUGCCUGUGCAGGGAAAGCACAGCAGAGAGCAGAGUGUGCUCUUGGUGGACAGCUGGUGUCCUCAGUGUUUGCAGCUGUGGAAGGGGGAUAAUGUUAUGAGGGUUGGCAGUGGCUUGGUGGGAUCUUAUGUCUGAGCCAAAGAUGAGAAACAAGGGUUGAAGCAGCAGCUGGAGUGUGAAAUUGCUCUUAAACCAUGGGUCAGGUUGCCUUUGAAUUCCCCUUGUUGGUUUUUAUCAUAUUAAUUGUCAAAUAAAGGCAUUCAGUGACCACGCUGGGUUUCCUGAUGGUGGGCUGUUGGCUGGGCCACUGACCAGAGCUGAGGACUCUGUCCAGAUUCUGACUCUGAAAUAUUUGCCUUGGCUGUAUGUGUGUAUGUCAUGCCUGGCACGGGCAGGUGCUCAAUAAACCUGUUUCCUUCUUAA